CGCCGAAGCCAUCCGCCUAUUUCGGCUUCGCUUCCAAAAGCGGUCUUGUCUCACUCAUCAUUUUUUUCAUCACCGCUUUGCUCUUUAGCGCUCUUUGUGGUCUGCUCUGCUCCUUCCAUUGCGGUCGUGACUUCUUCAACAAGGCUCUUUCCUUCUUCUCUUCUCUCUCUCUUUUGUUCUCGCGCUCUACCUCGCCCUCUCGUGCUACCUCGCCCUCCCUUUUUUUUCUGUUCGUCAUUUUCCGACCCUCGCCUUUUUAUUUUAUUUCCCCUCCUCUUUCUCCUCGCUCCUUCGACCCUUUUGACCGCAACAUUACCGCAGGAACCAACCGCUGCCUAUACUCACCCCUUAACAAAAAAAAAACCAUGUCCAAGCAGCUCCUGAACAUUAUGAACUCUAGCCUUCUGACGCCGGUGCCGUCCAUCCCCACGACACCACUGUCGCCCUCGCCCUCGGCGGCCAUGCUCGCGUGCGGCGCCUCGUACCCCAACGUUGCUGCACGCAUUGCCGAGCGUCCGACCGCCACUCGCGUGCUGUCCAUUUUCGGCACCCGCCCCGAGGUGAUCAAGUUCUACCCCGUGCUCAAGGAGAUGGACAAGCGCUCUGAGAGCAUCCUCUCCAUCACCUGCGUCACGGGCCAGCACCGCCAGAUGAUUGACCCGCUGCUCUCGCUCUUUGACAUUGCCACGGACGUCGACCUCAACCUGAUGACCCAGGGCCAGACGCUCUCCAACCUGUCUGCGCGCCUCUUCCUGGCGCUCGCGCCCGUCUUUGAGGCUGUGCGCCCGCACCUCGUGCUCGUCCAGGGCGACACGACCACCGCCAUGAUUGCCGCCAUGUGCGCCUUCUACUACCGCGUGCCUGUGGGCCACAUUGAGGCUGGUCUGCGCACCAACGACCGCUACAACCCCUUCCCGGAGGAGGUCAACCGCCGCAUUGUCUCGGUCGUUGGCAACCUGCACUUUGCGCCUUCGUCCUACGCCGCCGACGCCCUGCGCGCCGAGCGCAUCGACAUGAACACGGUCUUUGUCACGGGCAACCCCGUCAUUGACGCCAUCAUGCUGAUUCGCGAGAAGGUGCCCUCGGCAGCGGCCCGCCAGCUGCUCGACCGCGUCGAGGCUGCCGACGCCGCCACCAACGCCGUCCUGCCCGCCGGCCAGAAGGCCCGUCACAUUCUGCUCACUGCCCACCGCCGCGAAAACCACGGCGAGGGCAUUGCGGCCAUCUGCCGCGCCGUCAAGCGCAUUAUCGCCCAGCACAAGGACGUCCACAUCUGGUACCCCGUCCAUCUCAACCCCGCCGUGUGCGUGCCCGUCCGCCAGGAGCUGGGCAAGAUGGAACGCGUCCAUCUGCUCGACCCGCUCGAGUACGACGUCUUUGUCCACUUCCUCGACCGCAUGUACAUGGUCAUGACCGACUCUGGCGGCAUCCAGGAGGAGGUCACCGCGCUUGCCAAGCCCACCAUUGUCCUUCGCGAGACCACCGAGCGCCCCGAAGGUGUCGAUGCCGGUGUUACCAAGCUGGUUGGCAUCAAUGACGACACCAUCGUCAAGGAAGCCACCCUGCUGUUGACGGACGACCAGACCUUUGCCGCCAUGUCGCGCAAGUGCUUCCCGUUCGGCGACGGCACUGCCGCCCAGCAGAUUGUCGACAUUUUGCUCACCUCGCUAUCGACCAACAAGCUGAGCAUUGGCGCAUAAGGCUUUGAUCUCCCCCGCCCGCCCGCUGCUGCGUUGUCACGCAUGUGGGUUUGGUGUUUUUUUUUUUUUUUUCUACUUUUCACCUUUUUUUUUUCUUUCCUUUUGUGUCUUCUUUGUUUUUCUUUUCCUUUUUUCCGCCUUGGUAUCCACGUACCUCGGCUACGUCCCUGUUUUCCAUUUGCCCGUUUGUGGGCCAAUCAUUGUUACGAUGUAAAAAAAACAAGACAGCGAAAAACCCGCCGUGACUCACCACACCUUCCACGUUGUGCGAUGGUGACCACCAACUGGUUUUUUUUGGCCUGGUGAUCAAAGCCAACGUUGCUUGGGUGUGGGUGAGUGAGUGAGUGUGUGUGUGUUUGCGUGUCUGUGUCAAUGUGUGUUUGUCUCUUGUUAGUUUUCCCCCUUUUUCUUAUUCACCGACUGUGGUGUCUGUAGCUUUGUUUGUUUCUGGUUAUUAAAUGAGCUUUGCAACGAGAUCCAUCCAUCCAUCCAUCCA